AGUAGAGUAAUCGUUUCAUUACAAGACAUCACUAAGAGUGAUUCUGUUAGAAUUUUUUUUAUUAUUUUUUGCUUUUUAUAGUAGUAAGUAUAAACAAAGCAUUUACCUAGUAUAAAAAUACUUCUUGUAGAAGUGCGCUUGAUAAGCGUGACGUUAUAAUCAUGUUGAAGAGACCGCGUUGCGAGGAUUUCGAGGCAUUUGUGCCACAAACCAAAAAGCUCAUUAGCGAAAAAAUCGUGGAGCAGAGAGAUCAAAAUAAAAUGGCCAAGAUUCAUGAAAAAACCAUUAACUUGUUAUUCAAGGCGGCGCGCGAAUGCAAAUCCACGCAAUCAGCUGCAGCGGAGGCCAUAGAGAUCCCACUAUGGCAGCAGGUUGUACUGCGUGGAAACGGAGAAAUUACAUCAAGGAAUAUUACAGAUUUAAUAGUUGAUAUUUCCUUAGUGAGCAUGAAAUCAAAAUGCUGCCACCGUGAUGCUUAUGUAUGUAGCGACUGCUGCAACUGUGCACAACCUCUGUGUGAAUUCUGUGGUCACUCGUGUGCAGAAUGUGGCAUAUUCUUGUGCGACAGUUGCGUUUCACUAUUCGGAUGCGGUAACGUUGAACGGCCCAUUUGUGAAAAGUGCACAUUAUUUCAAAAUUUAUAAAAUAUGAACACAUUUCCCAUGAUAUUUAAUUAAGAUGAAUUGAUCAAUCAAUAUUGUUCUCUAUUGCCAGCUUUAAUAUACGUUUUAAAAUGUUUAGUGUGAUUUAAGGUAAUCAAUUUAUUUAUAUUAAUAUAUUAAAAACUUCUCAAUUUCA